AUGGCUUCUUUUGGAAUGAAACUCUCAUUCUUUUUCUUCUUUGUUGUUGUUCUGUCCCCCCAAAUUCAUGCCAGAGUGGGCAAGCCCUUUAACUUCUUUACCCUUCCAAGAAACACCUAUGAUGUCAAAGGUUCUCAAGUUUUGCCCCAGAAACCAAAAUGUGAAUCUCCAGCACCAACCUCCAUACCUGCAGCCACACCAGCAAUUGAUCCAAUAAUAUCAUCUGGGUCAGCACCAUCACCAGCAUCAAUAACAACACCAGCACCAUCACUAGCACCUCUUGGGAUGAGAGUAAGAAACAGAGGAUAUAUUUAUCCAACAGCACCAACCUCAGUACCUGUAGCCACACCAGCAAUUGAUCCAAUGCUGCCAUUUGGGUCAGCACCAGCACCAGCACCAGCAUCAAUAACAACACCAUCAUCAGCACCAACACCAACACCAGCACCAUGUGAAUCACUAAUACCAUCUUUUUCAACACCAGAGCCAGAGCCAGAUUUUAUUGAUAAGGAUGAUGGUUAUGGCCUCUAUGGUACAACUUCUACUUCUACACAAUAUUCUCCCAUCAAGGACACUACCACCACCACCACCUUUGAAAAUGGGCUCCUAAAUGAAAACUUCAAUGAUGAGAGUUACAAAACUGCUUAUCCCAAGACCAACUUCAAAAGCAACAACUACAAUGACCAAGAAAACUACUACAACAACAAUUAUAAUGGCAAGGGCUACGAGGGUAAGAGAGAAGGAAUGAGUGACACAAGGUUCGUUGAGGAUGGCAAGUACAAUGAUCAAGUGAAUAAUGAUGACGAGAAUUACAACCUCAAUGGGUUCGAAUCAGGGAGAGGAACCACUAAAAAUGGUGGUUAUUAUGAGAAGAAUCAGUACCAAAAUGUGUUUGACAACGUUGAAGAGUAUGAGAAGCCGGAGGCGAAUCAAGAGUUCACGCCUUGA